AUGAGGUAUACGCAUCAUAUCGCGUUGUUCGCCUUGGCGAUCGCCAGCGUCUUCGGCGCGUCGAAUGCAAGUGGACCAACUUCGAACGACGAGGUGCUGCUAUCUCGCAAGAGACAUAAAGUCGCUAACGCCUCCCAGGACCACAUCAACCACGACCACGCCGAGCCGCUUCGUACCAGGGCCGUCGAAAGCCGUCCUCCGGCCAUGAUGGUCUUGAGAGGCGCCAUCGAGCCGAACGGAGGAGAGAGAACUUUCACUGGCACCAUUCAAGAGAUCGACGCGCAAAUUCAUAGCAUAAAGCCCGACUUCUCGCGGGCCGACUUCCAGCCCAGCCCGGCGGAGGGGAGGACCGUCCGGCCGCGCGGGCGGCGGAACAUAAACCGCGUGCAAUGCCCGGACCCGAGCCUGUCGCCAGCGCCGCGGGCGGCGGUAGCGGCGGCGCAGUCGUGGCUGGUGUCGAUCGCGACGCCGCUGUCGGCGCCGGGGCAGCAGUGCGCGCAGGUGUCGUGCGCGGGGGGCGCGGCGGUCUGGCUGUGCAACGACAACCUCGGCGGGGCGCAGGCGAGCAGCCUGGCGAUCGCGAACGCGGUCGGCGCCAUCCUCGGCGACCGCCGCUGCGACGCCGCCAACGGCACCGACGGCCCCGUCCGCGGCCAGGCCUUCGACUCCGCUAGCUACCACGUCGUCGUCAACGGCGACGCCGCGUGCGCCGGAGACGGGGUCUAG